GCUCGGUUCCGGUAUGUUCGCGGAAAAGCUCCGACAAGUGCAGUUACUUCCGUCUUUAGCCGCCUCUCCGCCGCACACACAGAAAUGACGGCAACCUUGCGCCCGUAUCUCAACGCCGUGCGUGCCACCCUGCAGGCCGCCCUCUGCCUGGAGAACUUCUCCUCCCAAGUGGUGGAGCGACACAACAAGCCGGAGGUGGAAGUACGGAGUAGUAAAGAAUUGCUUCUCCAACCUGUUAUCAUCAGCCGUAAUGACAAGGAGAAGGUCCUGAUCGAGGGCUCCAUCAAUUCUGUCAGAGUCAGCAUUGCUGUCAAACAGGCGGAUGAGAUUGAGAAGAUCCUGUGCCAUAAAUUCAUGCGCUUCAUGAUGAUGAGAGCAGAGAACUUUUUCAUCCUCAGGAGGAAACCUGUGGAGGGCUAUGACAUCAGUUUUCUAAUCACCAACUUCCACACAGAGCAGAUGUACAAGCACAAGUUGGUGGAUUUUGUCAUUCAUUUCAUGGAGGAAAUUGACAAGGAGAUUAGUGAGAUGAAGCUGUCCGUCAAUGCUAGGGCCCGAAUUGUUGCCGAGGAGUUUCUCAAAAAUUUCUGAGAGAGAUUUCCUUCGCAUACGUUCCUUUUGCUGAUCUUGGCCGUCACUGUGGAGAGUUCACAUCGCAGGGCAGAGAGAUGAGAGAGCAUAUUAUGAGCAGAGAGAAGCUGAAACAUAAAAAGUAAAGCUGUACUGACCCACGGGGCUUUUGCCCUUCAUCAUUAAGGUGUCCCUGUGCUCAGGAAUAUUGGUGUCUGUACAUAAUGACUGUUGACAGCCUUCAUUUCAUUUCUGCCUGUAGAAGAAAAUCAUGGCAGGUCCUUUGUAGUGAAGUCGCAAAUCAAUAUUAACGAGCACAGGGCAACAUGGAGAAUUUUUCAGAUAAUUUAAACAUUUGUUUUUGUUUUUGUUUUUUUAAAUGAUAAAUAUAUGCACAUAAAAUUAAUUUUUGCUAUGUUUUUGUUACGACAGACCUUAAACCACGAGGGCAAUGAAUUGGUGCACGUUUCAUGUCUUAGUACACAGAGUAGACCCUAUUGUAGAUGGAAAAUAAUUAUAAGUGCUGGCAGUGGAGAUAAAUAAAAACCUUAUUGCUUGUUUUUA